AUGUUGCCGUACCUGUACUAUGUCAUGCCAUACGAAGAAAUGGAGGAAGAAACUCCCACCGAGCAGCCGUGGCCUUAUCUCAAACCCAUGUUUGACAGUGGCCCCUUGGCAGAGACUACCUUAGGAUGGACAUACCAUUACUCAAACAGCACGAAGAAUUGGGCUGAUGCCAGAAAGUGGUGCCGGGAAACUUACACAGACAUGGUGGUCAUCCAAAACCAGAUAGAGAACGACUAUGUUGUCUCCCUGCUGCCAAAUCAAACUGGAAGUCCAUAUUAUUGGAUUGGAAUCACGAAAAACCACAUCAAUGAAACUUGGACCUGGAUUGGGAAUAACAGCACUUGGACUGGUAAUGAGUCAUGGGCAAAAAAUGAGCCCAACAACAACCACAAUUCAGAGUUUUGUGUGGAGAUAUACGUCAAUACAAAUGAAAAUAGAGGGAAAUGGAAUGAUGAGAAAUGCUCCAAUUCGAAACGCCCAGUAUGUUACAAAGCCCAAUGCAAUGCAACUAUAUGUGGCAGAGGAAGAUGCCAGGAGACCAUAGAAAACAUUACCUGCCUCUGUGAUCCUGGGUUUGAGGGUGACAGGUGCCAAACAGUUGUUAAAUGUGACAAAAACGAGGUGACCGUCCCAAAUAAAGGAAGUGUGAAUUGCACUCAUAAGUAUGGAAACUUCUCCUAUGACUCCCAGUGCAGCUAUUCUUGCGAGGAAGGAUACCAGCUGAGUAUGUCAAGACCCCUGAAGUGCACUGCCUCCAAAACCUGGUCCGAGCAGCCUCCUACAUUGGUUCAGUGUCCAAAGCUGUCCGAUCUAGAAAGUGGAUCCAUGAAUUGA